UUUGCUCCGCCAUGGUGUCGGCGAGUUCAUCGGAGAACCACGAUUUACUAAACAAGCAAGUUCAAGAAAUAGCGGUGGACUGUCACCAGUUGCCGGAAAGAUAUAUCCGUAAAGAAGAUGAAGAGUACGGUAGCCUUACCAACGCCGGUGAGUCAUCUUCGACGACUACGAGUCCCGAGGUUCCUGUUAUUGAUUUUAGCCUCUUGAAUUCAUCUCCUUUGGAGCUUGAUAAGCUUAAGUCUGCUGUUGGCUCUUUCGGCUGCUUUCAGGCAAUCAACCAUGGAAUUGAAGGUUCAUUUCUAGAGAAAGUUCGCGAAAUCAGUAGACUCUUCUUCAGAUCAUCGGUGGAGGAGAAGAAGAAAUGCUUGAGAGCAGAUGAUGAUAUUGAAGGCUAUGGGAAUGACAUGGUUCUCUCAAAUCAACAAACUCUUGAUUGGACUGAUCGGCUUUAUCUCACUGUACUUCCAAAACACCAACAAAGGCUUCAAUUUUGGCCUCAAAUUCCUUGUCAUUUCAGGGAGGUUCUUGAUGAAUAUGGCUCCAAAAUAGAGUUGAUCAACGAAGUUGUCCUUAAGGCCCUGGCUAGAUCAUUAAACUUGGAGGAAAAUUGCUUCUUGAACCAAUAUGGGACGAAAUCAUCAAUGAAUGCAAGAUUUAACUAUUACCCUCCUUGUCAAUGGCCUGAUAAAGUUUUGGGAGUCAAGCCACAUGCUGAUGGUUCCGCAAUCACAGUUCUGUUGCAAGACAAAGAGGUUGAAGGCCUUCAAUUCUUGAAAGAUGAUAAGUGGAUUGGAGUUCCUAUUGUUCGUGAUGCUCUCACCAUCAAUGUUGGUGAUCAAAUGGAGAUAAUGAGUAAUGGGAUAUUCAAGAGCACAGUGCAUAGGGUAUUGGUAAACUCAAAAAACGAGAGGAUGACUGUCGCUAUGUUCUGCAUGCCCCAAACCGAAAAGGACAUUGGACCUGUGGAUGAGCUCAUUUCGGAUGAAACACCAAGGUUAUAUAAGAACGUCACAUUUACUGCCGACUUCUUUUUCAAGAAUUACCAGCAAGGCAGGAGAGCCAUCGAUGCUUGCAAGAUUUAACAAGAUGGUUUAAUUUGUAAAUUUGGAUCUGUAAGAAGAUCCCUGAAAUCUCUUGGAAUACUGAGAUUAAACGUGAUUACGCUUUUUCUUGUCUUAUCUUGAUAAUCUUACAAAAUUAGGAUAUAUAUACUUCCUUGUUGGGCUCUUUUUAGCAAUUUGGUUAAUUAACGAGCCUUUUAUUUGAUGUCUUUUUUUUUCCUUUGUAGCUUUUAGUAGUUUGAUAUGAAAUGGGCAUGAUUUAUUAACUAAUUAUGUGGCUUAGUUUUGUAAA